AUGUCCCCUACUUACUGCUCUGUCUGCUCAUCUCUUCCGCUUAUUCCUUCCUUUCUUUCCCUACCGUUUCUCCGUCACUGUUUCUGUCAUACCUCUGAUCAAUCCCAAAAUUCAUUGCCCACAUCCCCUUCUCUUCCCACCACUGCCAUGCCAACCCAUCCAUCCAUUGCCCGUUUCCAUCAACCCCUUCCCCCGUCCCUUGAUUCCCAUACGCCAUGCAUCGUCAGCUGUGCGGAGGAGGUGCAGGGAGUAAAGGUGCACGCCUCAGUGCGCAACAGCGAUGUGGACUGGCAUUGCUCCCCCUCCUGCGCCAAGGUGGCGGCGGAGCUGAAGGGCGUGGAGGGCAAGAGAGGGGAGAUCCCUGAUGGCACUCCCUUCUCCAUGCAGCUCGCCCAAUACAACGAGAACCACAGAGGCUCCCGGCAAUCCAUAGCAGCAGCACUCAAGGUACGGCUUUCCCUGCCCUCUCUCCCCCUCCCUCCCUCCUCCUCUCCCAUACCCAACUGCUCCUUUCGUCUUCCAUCUGCCAUCCCCUGUUUCCCUCCUGCCCGUGUACCAUCACCGCUGUCAACCGCAACCAACUCCCUCCAGUCACACGGGUCAAUGUCGUGCCUGCGCUCCUCCCCGCACCUCGUCCACCAGCUUGUGAGACGAGCUCGUCCACCAGCAUCGCCUCCUGCGCCUGCCGCCCUGCUGCCCUCUCCACUGCUGCCCCCACCUGCUGCUCUGCUGCCCGCCGCUUGCUUCUCUCUGCUUUUGCCUCCUGGUGUGGGAUGGAGGGGUGGGUGA